AUGGGGGUCAAUCCAGAUGAUGAAUUUCGUGUCUUGGCCAAGGCAGAAGACAGGGUAGCUAUCGGCAUCGAUCUCGGCAUGACCUACUCCUGCGUCGGAGUCUGGCGGAGUGGUCGUGUGGAGAUUGUCGCCAACGACCAGGGAAACCGCAGAACGCCAUCCUGUGUCGCCUUCACAGACAGCGACAGGAUCAUCGGCGAGGGGGCCAGCUAUCAGAUGGCAAGGAACGCAUCGAACACUAUCUUCGAUGUGAACCGGCUCAUCGGCCAGAGUUUCUCUGACGCGUCUGUGAAGAGUGCUACCAGGUAUUGGCCAUUUGUGGUGACCGGGGGCCCCGACGGCAGGCCCAGGAUCAAGGUGAGUUACCUUAAGCGGGAGAAGGAGUUCUCGCCGGAGGAGAUCUCGGCCAUGGUGCUAGCCAAGAUGAAGGAGACAGCUGAGGUCUACCUUGGACCUGGAACGACCAUCACGGACGCUGUCAUCACGGUCCCAGCCUACUUCAACAAAUCCCAGAGCAAGGCCACUAAGGAUGCUGCCGAAAUCACCGGCCUCAAUGUCAUGUGCAUCAUCAACGAACCCACCGCAGCGGCCAUGGCCUACAACCGUGGCAGGAAGUGGGGCGAUGCCAAAGAGAGCAUUGUGCUCGUGUAUGGCUUGGGCGAUGGGACGCUGGAUGUAUCGCUCGUCGUUGUCAACAAAGGUGUCUUUCAGGUCAAGGCUUCCGCAGGCGACACUCACCUAGGAGGCGAGGAUUUUACCAGGAACAUGUUGGAUUAUUUCAUCUGCGAAUUCAAGAGCAAGAACCAGAAGGAUAUCAGCGGCGACAGGAUGGCGGUUCAGCGCCUGAGGAAGUGCUGCGAGCAGGCGAAGGAGGUGAUGAUCUCCAACAUCGUGGCCGCUAUGGAUGUGGAGGAUCUUUCCGAGGGCAUCGACUUCCACUACAUCAUCAACCGCGCCCUGUUCGAACAUAUCAACGUGGACCUCCUCCGCAGAUGCAUGAAGACCAUUGAGACGUGCUUGGUGGAUGCCAAGAUGGACAAGAACAAAGUGGACGAUAUUGUGCUCGUCGGGGGCUCCACACGUAUCCCCUGCGUGCGCCGGCUCGUCCAGGACUUCUUCAAUGGGAAGGAGCCCUGCAAUUGGAUAAACGCGGACGAGGCCGUUGCAUACGGAGCCACCCUCCAGGCCGCCAUCCUCACGGGCCACAAACUGGAAAAUGUCGAGAUUAGAGCCCAUAGCAAGUUACUUGGGAGACAAACUCUGUACACGAAACAAUCUCAUCUACUAGAUGACCUCCGCCGGCACCCUCAGCACCACAGCCGGCACCCUCAGCUCCCUUGCGCCGUCCCUCAUGACAGGCGCCUCGUCCUCGGCAUCAGCAGCGCCGGCGGUCUCUUCCUCAACACUGACCAACUCCAUCACCAUCAAGCUCACCGGAGAGAACUAUCUCUUCUGGAAGGCUCAGGUCGGCCCUCGCGCCGGAGCCAUGGGCUCAGCGGCUUCGUCGACGGCACCUUCAAGUGCCCCGCGGCCGAGAUCACCGUCGAGAUCGACGGCAAGGAGGAGAAGCAGCUCAACCCGGAGGCGCACCUCUGGGACAAGCAGGACCAGGCGAUCUUGUCGGCCUUCGUGUCCUCCAUGACCGAGGGCGUGGUCGGCAUGGUCCUCUUCGCCGCCACAUCCCGUGAAGCCUGGGAAACCCUCGCAGGUGCCUUCGCCUCCCACUCCACGGCUCGUUCGACCGGGAUCCGUGCGCAGAUGAACGACCUCAAGAAGGGAGACCUCUCCGUCACCUCCUACUUCCACCAGAUGAAGGCCCUGUCCGACACGCUCACCUCCAUCGGACAGCCCCUGCGCAGCGAGGAGUUCAUCUCCUACGUGCUCUCGGGGCUUGACGGCGAGUUUGAUGCCCUCUUCGAGGUAAUCAAUAUGAGGGAAACUCCCAUCCCCAUACGUGAUCUCUUCUCGCAGCUGCAGGCGACGGAGCAUCGCAACAACGCCCGGCGUGCCCAGGCGUCCUCCAUGAACUACUCCGCGCACGCCCAUGUCGCUCUCUUCGGACGCUCUGCUCCCACGAGCGCCUACCACGGCAACCCUCCCCCCUCCCCGUUCGUUCCUCCCCAGACCCGACAGGCGCCCUCCUACUGA